AUGGAUACUAAAAAUGCAACAAUGCUGACAAAGUUUGUUCUCACAGGAAUCACAUAUCAACCAGAGUGGCAAAUACCUCUGUUUCUGAUGUUCUUGGUGAUAUAUCUCAUCACUCUUGUGGGAAACCUUGGACUAACUGCUCUUAUCUAUAAUGACCCUCACCUUCACAUUCCCAUGUACUUUCUCCUUGGAAGUUUAGCCUUUGUGGAUGCUUGGAUAUCAUCUACAGUGACCCCAAAGAUGCUGGUUAACUUCCUAGCCAAGAGUAAAACCAUAACUCUCUCUGAAUGUGUGACACAAUUGUUUUCUUUUGCAUUCGGUGCCACCACAGAAUGUUUUCUCUUGGCAACAAUGGCAUAUGAUCGCUACGUAGCCAUAUGCAAACCAUUACUUUAUCCAGUGAUUAUGACCUACAGACUUUGCACCUGGCUGUUAGUUUCAUCAUUUGUAGGUGGAUUUAUCCAUGCUAUAGUUCAUAUAGGAUUUUUAUUCAGAUUAACCUUUUGUAAUUCUAACAUAAUAUAUCACUUUUACUGUGACAUCAUGCCAUUGUUUAAGAUUUCCUGUACUGACCCUACAAUUAAUAUUCUGAUGAUUUUUAUUUUCUCUGGUUCAAUACAGGUAUUUACCAUUCUGAUUGUUCUGGUCUCUUACACACUUAUUCUCUUUAUGAUCUUAAAAAAGAAGUCUCUACAAGGCAUAAAAAAAGCCUUCUCCACCUGUGGAGCCCAUCUCUUAUCUGUGUCUUUAUACUAUGGCCCUCUUCUCUUCAUGUAUGUGCACCCUGGGUCUGCACAAUCACAUGAUCAAGAUAUGAUGGACUCUCUAUUUUACACCGUCAUAAUUCCUUUGUUAAAUCCAAUUAUCUAUAGCCUAAGAAAUAAGAAAGUCAUAGAUUCACUACAAAAAAUGUUAAAAAGAAAUGUUUAG